AGCACCUGCUGCUGCCACAACCAGCUACUCUGCCUCCUGCGGCUGCUACACCUCCAUGCAGGUGAGACGCUCCAGAGGAGAAGCAUAGCUGCUGCGCAUUGAGGCGGCGUGCCGGAGGAGGAGGUCAGCUGCUGCUCCCGGAUGCGACACGUCGGAUGAGGAUCUGAGCUGCUGCUCCUGGAGGCGACGCACUAGAUCAUCAACCCAUCUUCUCCACGCCCUCACCGCCACCCUGACCCCAAGAUCUUCUCGACAUUGGUGUCGUCCAUCCAUCUCAGAGAAAAAUUAACCAGCAACAAUGGCGAUGGUGUUGGAUGCAUUUGCGUCCUACCUGGUGGACAUGCUCACGCAGGCAGCAAGAGAUGAGGUGAAGACGAUGUUGGGCGUCUCCGGCGAGAUUGACAAGAUGGGAGAGAAGCUUCGGGACCUCAAGAAUUUCAUGGUCGAUGCUGAUAGGAGGAACAUCACUGAUGAAACUGUUCGAGAGUGGGUUGGGCAGCUCAAGCGUGCUAUGUACGAAGCUACUGACAUCCUUGACCUCUGCCAGCUCAAGGCCAUGGAGCAUGGAUCAUCCUCGGUUAAUGCAGGGUGUUUCAAUCCCUUGCUUUUCUGCAUGCGAAACCCCUUUCAUGCUCGUGAGAUCGGCACCCGCAUCAAGGCGCUGAACCAGAGGCUUGAUGACGUCAAGGAACGCAGCGUUGCUUUGAACUUCAUCAAUCUCGGGUCCUACGGGGAUCAUAACAGCAACGCCCAUGCCUCUCGCCAUGGUAAUCCAAGCCGGGAGACAGUAGGGGACUUUGACCGGUCGGCUAUUGUUGGAGACAAGAUUGAAGAAGACACAAGAGCACUGGUGGCCCAGAUCAUGCAGACGGGAAAGGAUGUCAACAAUGACAUCAUAGUGGUCGCUAUCGUAGGUGUUGGUGGGAUCGGCAAGACCACCCUCGCCCAGAAGGUCUUCAAUGAUGAUGCCAUCCAAGGCGGGUUCAGCAAAAAGAUAUGGUUGAGCGUGAACCAAAAUUUCAGUGAGGUUGAGCUGCUGAGAAGAGCCAUCAUCGCUGCCGGUGGAAAUGCCGAGCUGGCUGGAAAUGCAAAGGACGCGCUUCACCGAGCCCUAGUGCAGGCCUUGAAGGACCACAAGACCUUGCUGGUAAUGGACGAUGUGUGGGACAAAGGAGCUUGGGAGGGUGUGCUCAAAAUACCCUUAGCCAAUGCUGCGGCUUCAGGUAGCCGUGUGCUCAUCACAACUAGAGAAGGACGCGUCGCCCAAGGGAUGACAGCUAUACAGCCCUACUACCAUGUUGACACAUUAGCACCUGAUGACGCUUGGUCAUUGCUCAAGAAGCAGGUACACUCAAGUGAGAUAGAUGAAGACCACAUCAAUAUGCUAAAGGAUAUCGGACUGAAAAUUAUACAAAAAUGUGGUUUCUUACCAGUUGCCAUUAAAGUAAUGGGAGGACUCUUGCGUGAAAGAGGGGGGCUACGGCAUGACUGGCAGCAGGUUUUGGAUGAUUCUAAAUGGUCAACAACUAAAAUGCCCGAUGAGCUCAACCACACGGUAUACUUAAGCUAUGUAUAUAUGCCUUCCUACCUGAAGCAGUGCUUUCUGUACUACUCUCUUCUUCCUAAAAGUAGAAUUUUUACUAUGGAUGAAGUUGUUGCAAUGUGGAUUAGUGAAGGAUUUAUUCAUGGAAAUUCUAAUGAUUUAGAAGAAUUGGGAACAAAUUACUACAAGGAGUUGAUAUCUAGGAACCUUAUAGAGCCAGAUAAAGCGUAUGCUCAUAUAUGGGUUUGCAGCAUGCAUGAUGUUGUUCGCUCAUUUGCUCAGUAUAUGACUAAAGAUGAAGCACUCGUGGCUCAAGAUGGAGACAAUGAUAUUCUUUCUAAACUUAGUUCACAAAACUUUCUUCGGUUGUCCAUAGAAGCUAACCAAUCACAAUCAGGUGAACUUGAUUCAAAAUCUCUACAGGUGCAGAAAUCAAUGAGAACAUUGAUCUCAACUAUCCAGAUUAAGAUGAAGCCUGGUGAUUUAUUGGCUACUUUUUCUAGUUUGCGGACUCUGCAUAUGGAAUCUUCAGAUAUGGCUGUAUUGCUGGAAUUGUUGCAUCAACUCAAGCACCUGAGGUAUCUAACACUAGUAAAUGCGGAUAUAUCUGUACUUCCAGGAAACAUUGGCAAGAUGAAACUGUUGCAAUUCCUUGACCUUCGUGGAUGUACAAGAUUGGUGAAUCUUCCUGAUAGCAUUGUGAAGCUUGGCCAGUUGAGGUUCCUUUCACUUCCCGAAGCAUGUAUGGUACCUAGAGGGUUUAGUGGUCUGACAAAUAUGAGGAGACUACGUAUGUUUCGAGCCCACAUGGAUGGUGAUUGGUGCAGUUUGGAUGAGUUGGGUCCUGUUUCCCAACUCAGACUUCUUGGAUUAACUGAAUUAGAGAAUGUAUCUGCUACCUCGUUUGCUGCUAAUGCUAGGCUCAGCGAGAAGAUGCAUCUUAUCAGGCUACUCCUGCACUGCACCAGUAGAUUGGGAGAUGAUGUGUUGGUCAAAGAGAAGGAUGGUGUCUCUGAGGAAGAGCAACAACGAAUUGAGAAGGUUUACGAUAAGCUCUACCCUCCACCUGGUGUAGAAGUUCUUCAAAUCAAGGGGUAUUUUGGCCGGCAACUCCCGAGCUGGAUGAUGUCCACAUCAGUGGUGCCCCUCAACAACUUGAAGACUAUAUUGUUUCAUGAUCUGGCUUGUUGCGCACAACUUCCCAAUGGGUUGUGCCAGCUCCCCGGUCUGGAGGUUCUACAGGUCUCUCGUGCUCCAUGCAUCAAACAUGUGGGGACUGGAUUCUUGCAUGCGGCAACAGCUUCAUUUCCAAGGUUAAAUGAAAUGAUCUUGUAUGGAAUGGUGGAAUGGGAGGAGUGGGAGUGGGAGGAGAAAGUAAAAGCCAUGCGCCGUUUGAAGAAGCUUGUGCUCAAAAAAUGCAGACUGAGGCAUGUUCCUCCAGGCCUUGCAUCCAAUGCAAGCUCAUUGAAAAUAUUAUGUCUACAACAUGUCAAGUACCUCAGCUACAUUGAGAGCUUUCCUUCUGUUGUUGAGCUUACAGUGAAUGGAUGCCCUGACCUGGAGAGGAUCACCAAUUUCCCCAAUCUGCAGAUGCUUACCAUCGUGAACUGCCCAAAGUUGAAGGUGCUGGAGCAGAUUGCUUCACUCGAGAGGCUGAUCCUGGAGGAUUACACCAUGUUAAAACUCCCAGAAUACAUGCGAGACAUAAAGCCAAGGCAUUUCCAGCUAUUCUGCAGGCUAUGGUUGCUCUCUUCGAUAGCCGCGGGACAAUCUGGCACUGAGUGGGACAAGUUCAGCCAAGCGGAGCAUGUCAAGGCAUAUGCACGUGAUGGAGACAACUCAAGAAAAUGGUAUGUUUUGUACACGAGAGGAGACAACUGCAAGUUGGAUUCAAAUAUUAGCAGCUCUACCAUAUUUGAAGAAACCUUAUCAUCUUCUAUGGUGGAUGCACAAGGAUUUGACUCUCUGUACAAAAUGAGAAGUACCUUCAGUUACGUCUGCAACUUGGUGAGGAUCCCAUUUUUGGAAGAUAUGAUGGCAAGGGACCACACCUUUGUUGAUGGGAGAUUCCUGUCUUUGCAAGAUAGAGUAGCUGUCGCUCUGAGGGUACUGAACAACAGUAGCACGACCUCAUCAGCAAUUUCCACAUAGGUUUGGAAGUUGGAACAAAUCAAAAACUGCAUCGCCUGGAUGAACAAGGCAAUUUGAUGGUGUGAGGGUACAUCCUGUUUGAAGACAUGCCGGUUGAUGUUUGCGCUCAAGAUCUUGUCCGCA